GAAUAUUACUCUCAAUCCGGAGUGUGUCUCGCCUUACCACUGACAAGCGACAAGCGACCAGGUGCGGAGUAUUCCUUUGCACUCUUUGUUUGCCUGAACUGUAUCAUCUUCGUCGUUAUAGUCAUAGGUCAAAUCUGCAUUUUUAAAAGUAUUAUCACAAGUGGCGGCCGCAUGAUCUCAUCACAGACUCGUCAACGAGAUAUGUCUGUCGCAAGGACCCUCUUCAUGGUGGUGGCUACAGACUUUUGCUGCUGGUUUCCUAUCGGUGUCAUGGGUGUAUUGUCUAAAUCUGGAUACAACAUCCCAGAUGACGCAUAUGCCUGGAUAAUGGUAUUCGUGCUGCCAGUUAACGCUGCUAUCAAUCCGUUCUUGUACACUGCCACAGCUAUAUGGCGGAAGCGACAAAGAGAAAAACGGAGAGUAGAGAUGAUAUCGCCAAAUCGAGGUCAUCGUCACCAAGCUGGUGCUAUUGAGAUGGAAACACCAAUGCAAUGACAUAACAUGAUGAGUGACUCUGUUUAUGUUUUU